AUGAUUCCAGAUCACCGCAACUCUGCUAAUUUGCAUUGAUGUCGCCGUCAUAUUCGUCAUAAGUUCUCAAGGAGGUACAGGAGCAAGAUGAAUGUUUCGAAACCACGUAAAGAUCCCGACAGCGAUGAUGAUGACAUGAUCGUCUUCGAGAAGAUCGCCGGUGCAUUCAAGGGAGAUCGUCCGAAAAUCAACGACAUGGGAAGAGCUUCAAUCGCGUGA